UCCGAACCUUCUCCCCACGCCCACACCGUCCCAAUUCAACAGCCGUCAGUUGUCUCAGGCUCCUCGCAAGCUUAGAAACGAGCAAGAGCUAGCAUAUACGGCACGUGGCCAACCUCGCACGCAAAGCUUAACAAGGUCAAACGCCUAACACCUCAUCCUUCACAUUUCCCACUAUCCCCUCAACAACGACCCUUCGUAGUUCACGCUAGUUCCUGCGAGACGCUGCCUGCUCGCACGUGCAAAUCGUUCGGAAGGGCAGAUCACCAUCUCCGUACAUAACCUAAAACCCCACCGCCCAACAUGGCCCAGAACGGAACCUUCCACCCCGGCACCCUUCACCUCUAUACCCCCUCUCUGACGGCCUUCGAGCACAGACCCCCGCCCCUAAACCCCAACUGCUCAGUGUCCUCCUCCUCCACCCCUCAGAACACGAUCCUCUUCAUCGGCGGCCUCGGCGAUAGCCCCCUCACAGUGCGCUACCCGACCCUCCUCUCCCGCACCGUCCCACCCCACUGGACUAUCGCCGAGGUAACUCUCACCUCCUCUGCUGCCGGCUGGGGCACAUCUACGCUCUCCCGAGAUGCCGCCGAGCUCGGGGAAUGCGUCGCUUAUUUCAAGAAGAUGCGGCCAAGCGGGAAGAUCGUGCUCAUGGGACACUCGACGGGGUGCCAGGAUGUGAUGGAGUACCUUGUCGGGUUGUCCAGCUCCAGCCGUCCAGCUAUUGAGGGUGCGAUUCUGCAGGCGGCCGUGAGUGAUCGGGAGGGCUGGGAUACCAUCGUCUCUGAUGAUGCAUCUUUGAAGGAGAGCCUGGAGAAGACGGUGGCGAUGGCAGGCGCGUGGGUCGCGCGUGGGGACGGCGAUGCGAUUCUGCCCAAGAAGGGCAACAAAGUCCUGGAAAUGUUCGACAGCCCGUGUACGGCGUACCGCGCGCAUUCGUUGCUUGCGAAGGGUGGGGAUGAUGAUUAUUUCAGCACGGACUUGUCGGACGACACGCUGAAAGGCACAUUUGGCAAGAUUCCGGCACGGACGAAAGCGAUGUUUCUGUGGGGGAGUAGGGAUCCGUAUAUCCCUGGCCAUGUGGAUCAAGAGGGGACGCUGAAGAGGUGGGCGAGGAUCGUGAGGGAAGGGGGUGGGAAUGUGGAUGAGGCGAACGGCGGUGUGGUGCGGGGGGCUACGCAUAACUUGAAUGACGAUGCGGAAGAUAUUGUCCAGGAUCUCGUGGGAAGGGUGGUAAGGUUUAUCAAGGAACUGUAGAGAACCCGAAUACUGGAGCGCGUGGAAAUACAAAUCACACA